UAGUAUGUAAUUAGAGCACUGUCCUUGGUUCAUCUGACACUUGUUUGCAGGACUGAGUUACCUUGGAUUCUUCGAAAUGAACUCAGAAAUCAAGGAAGAAAUUCCUGUGCAUGAGGAAUUCACUUUAUGUUGUGGAGUUGAAACCCAGGUUCUAAAAUGUGGGCCCUGGACUAACCUCUUUAAUGAUCAAAGUGCCAACAGGCCUAAACUGCUCAUUUUCAUUAUUCCUGGUAACCCAGGAUUUUCUGCCUUUUAUGUGCCAUUUGCAAAGGCUUUAUACUCUGCAGUAAACAGGCGCUUCCCAGUUUGGAUUAUCAGUCAUGCUGGCCAUGUUCUGGCCCCCAAAGACAAGAAGAUUCUUGCCGCUUCGGACGAUCCAAAUGCUCAAGAAAUUAAGGACAUCUAUGGACUCCGUGGUCAAGUAGAACACAAGGUCGCUUUCCUGAGAACUCAUGUGCCAAAGGAAACCAAGCUGGUGGUCAUCGGCCAUUCAAUAGGCAGCUAUUUUGCCCUUCAGAUUUUGAAGCACGCGCCUGAGCUCCCAAUAAUUCGCUCCUUUCUGCUCUUUCCAACAAUUGAGCGAAUGUCCGAGUCACCCAACGGCAGGAUUGCCACUCCGUUUCUGUGCUGGCUUCGAUAUGCUCUCUAUGUUUCUAGCUACUUAUUACUUAAACCAUGUCCGGAGACAAUCAAGUCCUGGCUGAUGAGAAUGGCCCUUCAAAGGAUGAACGUGCAGAGUGAAUUUUCGGUCCUUAGUGUGUUGGAGCCAUUCUGCCUUGCUAAUGUUGCCUACCUUGGGGGCCAGGAAAUGAUGGAGGUGGUGAAGAGAGACAACGAAACCAUAAAGGAGCACUUACCUAAGCUUACGUUUUACUAUGGAACUAUAGAUGCUUGGUGUCCAACAAAGUACUAUGAAGACAUAAAGAAAGAUUUCCCAGAAGGAGAUAUUCGGCUCUGUGAGAAAAAAAUAGCUCAUGCUUUCAUCCUCCAUUCAUACCAGGAAAUGGCUGACAUGGUCGCGGACUGGCUGAAGGACGACCUGUCCAAAGUGGACAUCGCGACAUAAGGAAGCAAAGACUGACAGCUGGUGCAUAGGGGCCAUGGUGUACUGACUCUCGGUAGUAACUAGUAGACUCCGUAGGUCAAUGCUUAAUUUCGGUGUUUGAUUAUGGAAAAGAGAAAAAAGUGAAACCCUCUUGGCUUAAAAACUACCCACUCCCAACGUCCCACGCUACUGGCUGCAGUAAACACAGGUAACGAAAUACUCCAUAGGUUCAACUACAUGUUUUCCGAGGCUCAGGAACACAGUGGCCUAAACAGGUCUCCGAUGUUUGCCCAGGGGCGCCAUGCGGCUUGUCUUGGUGGGCAGGGCCCUUGCAGACCAGAGGAAGGCUAAAUGCAGUGAUUGUAAUUGACGUACAUCGUAGAGGAGGCUCUGCUAGGGGAGGUUAGGAAAUGCCUACUAGGAGACGUAAGAGGUCAGGGAGCGUCCGGUGUGCAGUGCAUCUUGCCAGGGGACCUGAGUCUCCCUCAGGACAGAAGCCGAAGAGCAGCCCAAACUAACCUUGCCGGGGUCUUGCCGAGACCAUCACUAUCAGGCUGGGUACCAGGACAGCCUGCAGACCUACGUCACACAUCGCCACGUCAGCCUUUGGUCUGGCCACCAGGGCACAGCCCCACGCAGAGCCAGCAUCGGGGCAGGCACUGCCUGUGUCCGUCCGUCUCUGGGAAGCUUCCCUGAGGAGUGUGAUUCCUGGUCCAUGUGCAUCAGCCAGAAUAAAGUUUGCCAGGCAUCCCUCUGCUCAACUAACCGGCUAAGCUGGAAGGAUCCUGGCUAUGCCUCCAGCCACACGACAGCCAGCCAGCUCCGUGCCGAGCCUGGGCCUGCUGGGUGAGGAGCUCCUUUGCCGGCUCCUCUCCUCCAGAGCAAGGUUGGGGAGGCCCGACUGCCUCUCAUCAGCCCGGACCUACCAUCAGUUAUCCCUUCUGUGAAUUUCUUCAAUGGAACUCCACUGAGGACCAAGCAGUGAGCCGGGUACUGUGCUAGGCAUUGAGGGGAGUCUUAGCUAUAUUACGAUUCUUCUGACAACCUCCAAAAGGGCAUCCUUAAAUUGCUCAGUAGAGCAUAACCAUAAAUGAUUGUUCCGUUUCCGCAUUAGCACAUUAGUUGGGAAGAAACUGUUUUACUAAUGAACCAAAAUUAGCCAUUCAAUUAUGUAAAUUUGCCUUCUCCGGACACCUUGAGGUCCAGGAGAGAAGCAGCUUGUUCUCUGGCCCAGGGCGGCCAACAGCAUUGCUGCCUUCCCCCAAAGCAGCUCACCCUGGGCCAGGAGCCAACACCUCGCACUGAGUCUUGCAUCAGAAGCAUUAGGUUUUCUCCGGGGGAAUCCCUCGGGCUUUGGACAAUGUGGCGUUGGCCUUGCCCUCAAAACCUGAAGCCCCGAUGGCAGAGGCAGCCCUGAUGUGCUGCCAACCCCGUGGUGAGUGUUGGACAAGCUGCUAGCGGCCAGGGCCUCUGCGUCAGAGCAGAUGGCUUUGUGGACAAGAAGCGUCCCAAGUUCCAGGCAAGGAGUGCUCUUGGCUCCAAAGAGGAGCCGGGCACACACAGGCCACUGGCUCAGGCUGCACACUGCCUCCUCAGGGCAUCUGCGUGGGGAGGCCUUCUAGACCAAGCAUGUCAAACUCACGGUCCGUGGGCCACAUGCCUCGUUUAUUUGGCCUGUGUUAGCCUUUGAGUUUGACAUGCUUGUUCUAGAUUCUGGUGUUAGCAGCUGGGACUUGUGGCUCCAACGUGCCUGGCAGACAGGAGACGCUCAGUGGUAUGAACUUGAGCCCUUAAGCAAGUCCUGGGAGAAUCGUACCCACGGAAACGCAGCCUAGCAUCCCAGCUUCUCUCAGUGUCACUAUUCCACAUGCCUCUGUGUUCCAAAAGCCCACGUGGAUGAAAUUGUAUCUCAUUUUGUUCUUCAGAACUUAAAAACUGGUUAAAAGUGAAAUGAUAAAGUAUUACUGGCUCUUAUUUCCUGUUUAUCAUCUAAGCACCAAAUAACUUUUUGAAAUAAAUGCUUUACCAGCGCUCAUGAGCUUGCUUGGCCCGGUGGCCGUGCGCUGGGGGGGGGGGGGGGGGGGGGGUACCAGCUGCACAGUUCUCUGAGGUAGACUUGGGUCAAAGUCUCCCUGUGAAGCUGAAAAGCCUCUCUUCUCAGUAUUUGUCUUAGAGAAGGAAGGAUCAGAUUUCAGGAGAUUGAAGUUCAUUUUAUUUCAUUAGGAAUUAAACAAAAGACUGCAUGUUUCCAUGCAUAGGUAGGAGGGGAUAAGGUAGGUGAACUCUGAGGCCUGGCCUUCAGUGUGAUUUUUAGGCAACUUCAUCUGGUUUCUCCGUGCCUCGCUGUCCUCAUUUGUAAGAUAGGAUUAAUAACAAUGCCUGCUUCCGAUUGUUGGAAGAAUUAAAGAAGAUGACAACAUUAAAGCAUUUAGCACAAUCCCUGACCAAGAGUAUCUAGAUCAAGAUUGGCAAUAAUAAUAAUAAUGAUAAUAAAUAUUGUCAUGAUAGUAAAAAUAAAAGACUAAUAUUGAUGUGAUGGAUAAAGUCUAUUUUUCCAGAAGCAUUUCUGCGUGUAUGUCCCAGUCAGCCACAUGGGUGGUCCUUGUCAAAGAUUUAACUUCAUUCAGGUUACCUAGUGCCCUUGGUUCUCAGUCUGCUCUGGGCCGUGGGAGGGGCUCUCCAAAGGCAGCCAGCCCCUGUGGCUCUCGUGGUCUGACGUCCAAGGUGGCCAGGACCCUCGCCGUCUGCUCCCCCACUCAACCCCUGGAAAAGACUUGAUUCUUCUUUAUCCUACAUUGUAUCAAAAUUAAUUUCCAGCCCUGGCUGGUGUGCUCAGUGGUUAGAGUGUCGGCCCACGCACUGAAAGGUCACCGGUUCAAUUCCCGGUCAAGGGCACAUACCUGGGUUGUGGGUUUGCUUCCUGCCCCCUGGUCAAGGUGGUUGUGAGAGGCAGCCUGUCGAUGUGUCCUUCUCACAUUGAUGUUUCUGUCUCUCACUGCCCCCUUCCCCCUUCCUCCCUUCCACUCUCUGAAAAGCAAUGGAAAAAAAUACCCUCUGGUGAGGAUUAACUAAAAUCAAAAAAAUUAAUUCCAGAUUAAAGGACACUAAGGAGACAUGACAAUAUACAGCAACACCUGAUUCUGGAUCCGAAGUUUUUAUUACAAAACCAUUGUUGGGACGAUUUGCUCGACUCGAAUGGGGUCUAAAGCUCAGCUGGGAGGAAGGGGUGUGCAGGGGUUGGGACGUGGGGAAGCAGAAGGCCCUGUAUGCGCUGAGAUGCACUGGUCCGCUCACUCAGAUGGCUCCGAGGGAAUAUCCCUGCAUUUUACUAGCAACCUUUGUGUAAAUUCCAGAUGAUUUUGGAAUUUGUAAAAGUAAUUAUUUGAAUAAAAGCAGGCUCUCUCCUUU